AGUUCAGCUAUUUCACUUAAUUGUAAAAUACACUUUACACCGUUUGUUUGAGCAGUAUUUUUACAGAAUCGUAACUGAAUUAUUUUCAUCAGGUUUGGUGCUAUGUGUGUGUCUGCAAACACUUAUAUUUAAAGAGUUUUAUUAUUUAAAUUGAUUGUCAGCGUCAAUUGACAAUUGUCUGUUUCUCUUCGCAUAGAAAACGACCUAAUGAAGGAGAAACAACAGCAUGUCAAAACUGGAGAAAAAACUCGCUCAGAGACUGAAAGAGUUUCUUUACUGAAAAGAAGAGACAGGAAAAGUUUCACCUGCACUCAGUGUGGAAAGAGUUUGUCAAGCAAGAAGAGUCUCAAUGUUCACAUGAGGAUCCACACUGGAGAGAAACCGUUCACAUGUGAUCAGUGCGGGAUGAGUUUCACACAAUCAUCAAACCUUCAGAGACACAUGAGCAUCCACACUGGAGAGAAACUACAUGAAUGUGAUCAAUGUGGAAAAACAUUUUUGAGGGCUUCAAACCUGAAGGAUCACCUGAAAGUUCAUUCAGAGGAGAAACCACAUUCAUGUUCUUUCUGUAGAAAGAGUUUUUCACAGCUGCAGAAUUUAAAAAGACAUCAGAAGAUACACACUGGUGUGAAAAAUUAUAUGUGCUUUGAGUGUGAGAAGACUUUUAUUACAGCAAAGAAUUAAAACAGCACCAGAUGAUCCACACUGGAGAGAAACCUUAUCACUGCAUGCGGGAAGAGUUUCAGUCAUUCAUCUAAUCUACGGAGUCAUAAAAUAAACAAUCACAAUAAGUAGUUUAUCUUCAGGUCCACUGCUUUCAAUGUUACACCACAUCUCUUCCAUAUUAAUCUGUCAUAAGAAACAUCAUCUAAAUGAGUCACAGUGAAUAAAGUUCAUCUUCAAGACCAGCAGAUAUCUGUGAGAUUCAGAUCAACUCGAAGAGAGAGUUCCUCCCCUAAGAACAAUAUCUAAAGUUUUAUUCUUAUACAAUUUUGGUCUAUAAUAAAUUAUAUUAUUAUGCUUUAUUACAAGUUUAAUUUUAUAUUCAAAAUGUUCUUCUAAUGCAUAUUUGUAAAAGGUUUUACAGGUUCACAAUGUUCUUGUUCAUUAAGCUGAAAAAGAGGCUGAUCUAUUUUUAAUUUCAUCUUCACUGUUGUUUUUAAAACAUAGUAAUUCUUCCUCUUAUGGUGUGUUUUACAAAAUGCAGGUGUAAGAUAUUCUGUCAUGUAGGUUUGCAUCUGAUCCAUCUUCACUUUUAUUCACUUGAGAUGCUUUAUAUCUUGUUAGUCAAUAACUAACUGAGACUGAUUUACUUUAUAUUUGCUUCAAGUAUUAAACUUUUAUUGUCCACUUUU